AGCUCGGGGGCCGCCACUGCCCCGGCUGCCAUGAGCUGUGCGGAGGUGAUGUAUCACCCGCAGCCGUAUGGAGCGUCCCAGUACCUGCCCAACCCCAGGGCAGCGACAACCGGCCCCACAGCCUGCUACCAGCCGGCGCCCCAACCUGGCCAGCAGAAGAAGUUAGCGGUAUUCAGCAAGAUGCAGGACUCUCUGGAAGUCACCCUUCCCAGCAAACAAGAGGAGGAGGAUGAGGAGGAGGAGGAGGAGGAGGAGGAGAAAGACCAGCCUGCCGAGAUGGAGUACCUUAACUCUCGCUGUGUCCUUUUCACUUAUUUCCAGGGAGACAUUGGGUCAGUAGUGGAUGAACACUUCUCAAGAGCUUUGGGCCAAGCCAUCACCCUCCAUCCAGAAUCUGCCAUUUCAAAAAGCAAGAUGGGGCUAACCCCCCUAUGGCGAGACAGCUCAGCUCUCUCAAGCCAACGGAAUAGUUUCUCAACGUCCUUUUGGACCAGCUCUUACCAGCCCCCACCUGCACCCUGUCUGGGGGGAGUUCAUCCUGACUUCCAGGUCACUGGACCCCCUGGCACCUUUUCUGCAGCUGACCCCAGUCCCUGGCCAGGACACAGCCUGCAGCAGACUGGCCCAGCCCCUCCCCCUCCUGUGUCUGAGUCCUGGCCUUACCCUUUGACAUCUCAGGUGAGCCCAUCCUACGGCCAUAUGCAUGACGUGUACAUGCGGCACCACCACCCUCAUGCCCACAUGCACCACCGCCACCACCACCACCAUCACCACCAUCACCACCCUCCUGCUGGCUCUGCCCUGGAUCCAACCUAUGGGCCUCUGCUGAUGCCUUCAGUGCAUGCGGCCAGGAUUCCUGCUCCUCAGUGUGACAUCACAAAGACAGAACCUUCUACAGUCACCACUGCUACCUCAGCAUGGGCUGGAGCCUUUCAUGGAACGGUGGACAUAGUGCCAAGCGUGGGAUUUGAUACAGGUCUACAGCAUCAAGAUAAGAAUAAGGAAUCACCAUGGUACUGAAACAUACCAUCUUACUGAGUUAGGUCGCAGCAUGAAUCCAAGGGCCCACUGGGAAAAGAUGCCAUCAGGGUUUUCCAUUCAGCAAAAGGACAUGAAACAUAUGGAAGGAGAAGACAGUGUCAUGCGGUUGACUUUGGUUUUUGGCCUUUCUUUGAGAAAGCAGGGUGGGUCCUAGACAUUGAAGAAAAGCAUUUUUACCUGUGUUUUUUUUUCCUCAUCUGAGCCUUUGCCACUGUGCAACUCUCUCUUUUUGUUAUCUUGCUUUUAUCAAUAUAUAGCUAAGUUUUGUUACAUUGUGAUUUUUUUCAACCAACCGCCUUGUCAGGAAAGGAUGAACCAUAAAUUAAAAGGUUCAUUCUUUCAGGAAUACAAGUUUGUAGCUCUAUGUGCAUCUGUUUUUGUAGAAAUACAAAAAGUUUGGUUUAGAAUGGAUGGGCUAUUUUUGAGGGAUGUAUUUUUUUUAAUUUUGUAAAAAUUGUUGAGUUCUGUUUAAAGAACUUGCUCUCAGAGAAGCACUGGCAAAAAUGUUCAAAAUGCUUAUCUCUAAGAUGUCUAUGAUAUGCUCUGUCUGUGCUUUCUAGGUUACCUCAAAUGUUUUAUGUUCUUUUCUUUUUACAGAAGUAGCUAUACCGUAGUCAAACCAAUGCAGUAUUGUUUUUAUAUUGAAUCUCAGUAAAGAUUUAAUUCCAUGCUAGCUCAAUUAGUUUUGAAUUAUAUGUUUAGCUUGAAAAGUGUUUUUUUAAUGGCCACACUAAAGAAAUGAUAUUUUAUUACUUUGAUUUCUCCCAAAGAGUAACUUGGAGGUUGACUAAUAAGAAAGUUUGCAUAAACUUUCAAACACCUGAGGAGUUUGUCUAGAGGAUACUUCUCUUUCUAGCGCAUUCAAAUUUGAUAAAUGAAACCAGAGGUUAUAUACAACUACUAGGGGAAAAAACUGCAUUUAACCAUGCUCCCUGCGAGUGCCUGUGGCUCAUUUUGCUUGUUUCUAAUUAUUCAUUCAUGACAACUUAAAAAGUCAUAUUUUAAGUGGAAUUUGUUUUUUCUGAAGAGCAGUUGAAGGAACAAUAUCUGGGAAGAUAAUAGAGAAAUUACAAGCUAACUCUUUGCCAUAAUGCCACCUAUCCCUGUAAUGUGUAGUUUAAACGCAAAACUUAACAAGUCUUUUUUUGUUUGUUUAAAUCUGGUUUUUACUUGACUCGAUUCUUUUUUAGAAAUUUAGAGCAAAAUAAAGUGUAUAUUAGGAUUUAAAUUUAUGACGCAAUUUAAAAAUAAAACCAGAGGUUACAUACAACUGAAAUUGGGCUAAAAUUAAAAAUCUGAGGAUUUAGCCUGAUAUGGCUCUCAUAAGUUAAAUAAAGUGAAGUUGAAAUUAUCAUUAAGACACUGCUAGGAGAAGAUUCAGAUUAUGAAAGUGGCAGUUAUUGAUAAAUAGGACUUCAAAGGCAAAGUUCAUUUCUUCCUUCAACUGCUUCCAGAGAUGUCAUGUAAAAAAAUUAGUGGAAUAUGGAAGUGUUUGAGUUUUAUAAAGUGGUUUUUUCAAAUUUCUCUCAUCUUUCUCCCUACCCACAUAAAAUAGUACGUUCAGUGAAAUGCCACUUUCUCUCUUGAAUUGUCUGUAUCAUAUAUGUCAACUUUUUAAACAUGAACAUGGCAUGUUCCACUAGGCAGAGUUCUCAUAGAUAAUUUUCAAAUAUAUUUCUUGGCUGUAAUUUACGCAUUUGUUAAUAUUCUAUCCACCUUUUGAGUUUUCGGUCUGCACACUCUCUUGCACUCUCGUGACUCUGCACUUUGCUGUUUCUUAUCUAGACUCUCUUUUACACAAUAUGCACAUUUUGACCAAUGUCGGGUCCAAACUUAAGAUACCUUCCACUCACUAAUAAUAUGAACUUAAAUUUCCUAGGAGUAGCCAGUUAAAUUUUCUAUGCUUUGGUCAAUAAUUUGAUUUGAUAGAAUGGUUUAAUUAUAAUUUGCCCAAAUACGUGGAGCACAGAAUUUAGUGAACCUAUAAAUCUGAUUUUUUCUUGUGUCCUUCUGAGUUUUCAAAGAAGAGUAUUUGACAAUUCCCAUGUGAUGACUCACAGGGUUAUUUGCUUCAUCUACCUUUGGAAUACAUUAACUUUCUUUGCAAUUUCUUGGAAAGUUGUGUUGUACUCAAACUCAUUCAGAUCAUUCCAUUGGAUUUUCCCAAUGAAGAGGAGAAGGAAAGUAAUUACUCCUUGCUCCAUUUCUUAUUUUCCACCAAAUUUAAUUGAAAGGCAGACAGCAGACAAUUAGAUGUCUUCACUCUGAGUGUAGACUUUGUUCUGUGUCUCUCCCGGUAACUGUCAGAUAAAAAAUAUCUUGGCUCUGAGGAUCUGAGGAAUGUUGGGAACCUGAUUUCUGCUGUACAGAGGAAAGGCUUAUAAGUGAGCUCUCUCUUUGAAAACAGGACCCAGGCUGGGUGUGGUGGCUCAUGCCUGUAAUCCUAGCACUAUGGAAGACAGAGGCUCAGGAGGAUUGCUUGAGCCCAGGAGUUGAGGAUCAGUCUGGGCAAAAUAGGGAGACCCUAUCCCUACAAAAAAUGUCUUAAAAAUUACCUGGGCAUUUUGGUGCACACCUGUUGUCCCAGCCACUCUGGGGGCUGAGUUGGGAGGACAGUUUGAGUUUGCAGUUUGUAGUGAGAUGUGACUGAGUCACUGUACUCAAGCCUGGGCAACAGAGAAAGAUCCUGUUUCAAAAAGAAAAAGGAAAAAGAAAACAGGAUCUCGGUGUUUGGCAUUGAUUGCUACUCAGGGAGUGGAUCAAAAAUAUAAAUAGAAAGAGAAUGAGAACGUCUCUAUAAUUGUCUGGCAUCCCCUUGCUAGGACCAUAUUGCUAUUACCACCAAAAGUCCUAAAAGAGAAUGGGUUGCAAUUUAGCAUAUUAUUCUGAAUUCAUUCCAAGUUUAAAAUUCUGUCAUUCUCUGGCUCUUCUUUUUUCACAUUAAAAUGAUGCUGUUGGACUUAGAGGCUUCUGAACUGCUUUAUUGAGGGCUACCAACUGCCUCCCCAAUUUUAUAUAAAACCACUCCACCUUUAGACAAAGGUAGCUUUGUCGGAUUUUACAAAACAGAUUUUAUUCAAGUUUUCUAAAUGUCUGUGAACUAGAUUCUAGAAAAUCAUCUCAUUUAUUCUAAAUAGAAUCUAUGCUUCUACCAAUAAACCAUCAGGAGCUAGAAAACAACAUAAUACUGACAAAUCAGGAACCUAACAUAUUAGGUCUCUCAUAGUUCAUUUGAAAGAGCUUCUAAACUUUUGAGAAAUCCAUGUUUCUUCUCAAGAAACUUAAGCACCCUCUCUUAACUUUCCCCUCCAUUUGUUCUCCUUUCUCUUUCCUCUUAAGAAUAUUUAUAUUAUUUUGUUAAGCAAAAAAUGGACAAGAUUGCUCUAAAAUUUGCAAAAUGAGAACAAGUGGAUUGCAAAUAAUUGAGGGAUUUAUUUCUUUAACUUUAUAAGACUUAAUAAAACCCACAAAAUUCUAGGAACUGACAUGAAAGUUGCCUUUGAGAAACUUGUUAUUCAUUAUGCAAAAAAGUAUUUGCCAAUUCCUAUUCUAAGAUUUGCAGACUAUGUCACACUAUCUAGCUUUUGAGUUUGCUAUCUGGUUUAAUGUUGUAUUUAUAAUUUGAAGUGGCAAUCAGAAACUAUAUUUCAAGAACCUGUAUUCUAUCCCUUACUGAGUGUUCCUUCUUUAAAUAGUGUUGGCUGAAUCAAACCAGUGGGGGCAGUGGCAUUAAGUGGUGGUAAUAGGAAAGUACAUAUGUUAGAGUUUUGACUGAGGGAUAAAUAGAGAAGCAGAAUGAAUUAAUGGAAAAGAAUUUGUUUGUUAGGCCAUCCUCUGAAUUCUAGCUUAGCCACAAUUUUACAUGUGGUUUGGGGCUUCAUUUAUUUUUCUCAUGACAAAAAUGGGACAAUACCUAACAAGAAGGCUGUGGAAGUUGGAAAUCACACACACACACACACACACACACACACACACACACACACACACACGAUCAAUCAUCUGGCUCAUAUUAGAUGUUCAAUAAAUAACAGCUACCACAGAUGCCUAUCAGUUGAGUAAGUGGUUCACUAAAUUGAGCUGCCAAAGAUCUCUUCUCUUCACAUCGAUAACUGUUUCUGCAGGAAUCAAAUAGAUAUAUGAUUGUUUUUCUGUAAGAAAUUACUGCAAAAAGUAUAUUUUUCUCCUACUAGCUGUUCCUCCUACCAGGUAUAGGAGAUAAAUGUACAUUUCUUAAUGAGCUGACUUUUUAGCAUGUCGUUUCUGAAGGAAAAAUAAAUUAGCCUUAGAGAGGCGUGUCGGUCCAACUCAGUUUUCUUACAUAUUCUAAAAUUUUAUUUAUCCAGGACCCUAUAAAUUACUGUGUCCUAAAUUAUGAGGACAGUGUCAUUUAUUCACCAAAGUUUAUAUUUUUCAGUUAUGUAGCCAACUUCCUUGGCACCUAGGAUAAGAACAUUUUUUUUUUUGCAGUUAUCCAUUUCUCUUUUAAAUUUUACUUGACUUAAAGGAAAGUUGCAAAAUACGGUGGAAAAAAUCUUCUGCAUGAAAAGGGAGAAAGAAAACAGAACCAUUUACGAUCUCAGUCAGCAGAUUUACUCUACUCAAACAAAAAAAGAAACAACCUUAUUGGAAGCAGAUGUUGACACUGUGUCAGUUAUUGAAGAUGGAGGGAGUUCUCUUGAGCCAUUGCAGUUACAAAGGGGUAUUGAUGGCAGUUUGAAUUCCUGAUUGAUCACCCUUGCAGCCAAGAGAAAGAAAGCAGAAACUGUAUGGGAUCAGAAAUGAAAUCAGCCUUCCAGUUUAAUGUAGAGGAUGUUAGAAACUCAGUUUUUUUCUUUAUUUCCUGUAGGAUAAAAGAUAUCUUUUAGAAAAGGUAAGACUUGGUGGAGAGCAAAAUCACAAUUUAUUCUCUAAAAAUAUGUAAAGGCCAAAGAGCUCUUUAAAUCUGUUAUGAAAGCAUUAAAACUAUUAUUAAAAUCGUUUUAGAAAAGUUAGGCUAAAUUUUAGUUCAAAAACCAUGUUGAAAACAAACAUAUAACCUAUAAAAAAAUGAAUGGCUCUGGCAAGUGGGGGCAUGAGUGGAGCCUACAAGGACACCUCAGUCUCAAUAACUUCAAAACAUUACUUUCCUGAGUAGCUUGGUCAUGGAGACUGGUCACAGUACAGACAUUUAGAAUUUUCAGUAUAUUUUUUUCCUUUUAAUCUCAUAGUGCUCUCUGGGAAUUGCAUCGUGUACACUUUUCCAACCUAUAGAAAUCAUCAUUAUUGUUAAAAUAUCUUAAUUUUCCUAUUUCUUUUAUUGUCUAUUGUGCUUUUCUGAUUAAAAAUAUUUCCAUAGUUUCAAAGUAUUGGUCAAAGUAGUAUUCUCUUGAAGUUGUAAUCAAUUUAAUUUUAUCCAAUGAGUUUAUCUGAAUCUCCUUUUUAAGUUCCAAGAAAUUCUAAUAUAAAUAAGUGUACUUUUACCAAUUCCAUUGUAUAAGAAAACAGAUACCUUUUAGAAAAUGAUAGGUCAUCAUCGAUUCAUUGUUUUAAAAAGCAAUUUAUGCACUACUAAAUUUGGGAUAAGAAUAAUUCUUUUAACAUGCAAGAUUCUUUAAUUAGAUUUUGGGUAUAUGCAUAAGGUGUGAACUUUUCUAUUGAUAUAUCUUUAUAUUAAUAGAGAUGUACAUUUUUUCCUAUGCUAUGGCUAGAGCAAAAGUUAUUAAUGAUUAUUUACACACGUGAUUUAAUUUCUUAGCAAAUGUACAAAAUUUGUUAUUAUAUCUGAUUUAAAAAUACUAUUCAGUACAUUUUUUUUGAGAGAUAAUGCAUAGGGGAAGGUUUCCAUGCGAAUUCUUUGUAUCACUUUAAAGUGCAUAUAUUUAAAGGGAAGAUAUGAAUUCAGUUUGUUUUUAUUAUAUAAAUUUAGAGAAGGUGAAAUGCUUUUGUGAAAAAAAAAUACAGUGUAGUGAAUUUUAUAUUUGUCAUUUGAUUAGGUAAACUGAAAACUAAUAAUAGAAAUAUUAUUUUACUGCUUUGAAAUACAAUGAUAUUUCAGACUUGUUAAUUCUAUAAGCAGUUAUGCUACCUUAAUUUUGUGAUUCUAGAAAUAAAAAUUAAUCUUAGUUAUGCUGUCAUCCUUAAUUAAUAAAAAUGCAUAAUUCAGAAAACUUUUGGCUUUAUAAUUAUAAAAUUAUAUAUUUUUUCUGUUUUGUGGGGUUUGGGAAAAACAUUUUCUUAUUUCUAUUCACUCUUCAAAUGCAGGUCUCAUAAUACGUGUUAAUGAUAUAAGAUGAUGGAAGACUUUGUCAUAAAAACAGAUGUCAUUAUCUUCAAUUUGUUCAAUAAAUAAUUUAAUGUGAAUU